UGAUAUGGCUCAAAUCAAUCAAUCCUCUUACUCUUUCCUCCACUCAUUGUUCAUCAUCCAUGGCCGACCAUACCCCACCACUCCUUUCUUCAUGCAUAUCGUUGUUAGAAAACCCCCACAAUCAUCGACUCCAAAAGCCCCCCAACCCACUCCCUUUUUCGCUCAAAAGCUUGAAAAUUCAACAAGAAGAGAGAAGAAGAAAGAAAAAAGGUUUGGUUGCGUACCUGUAGCAUUAGCUUUUGAGGAAUGAAAUUGCCCUUUGCUUCACAGCAAAACAAUCUCUCUUCUCCUGAAGUAAAGCACCAAAUAAUUAGUGGUGGUGUUGGUGGUGGUGGAACUGGUAGAUACGAGCCCAAAUCGGUUCUUGAUAUUUGCCGGAGUUUGCCUGGUAAGACGUCGGAGUUUGAUUCGGGUGAUCAUAAUAGCAUUGUGUUAUCAUCGUCGGAGGAUCCGUUGCGAUUGGAUAAUUACGAACAUGGAAUCGUGAAUCAGUUUGAAGAAUGGGAUUCUCUCAUGAAAGAAUUAGGUCUUAAUGAUGAUUCUGCAAAAUCUGCUUACCUCCCUGAACUCCCCGACCUCCCGCCGAUUCAAUCUGAGGUGACUGCUCCGACCAUGUCGCUGUUCUUAAACCCGGAUUUUGAGAAUCCAAACACGAACACGAACCCUAACUCGCUUGAUUUCACGAACCAGUAUAAUAUUGAUAAUAGAACAGGGUUUGAUUUCGUCGAUGAUAUAAUCCGGAUUGCUGAGUGCUUUGAAACUCAAUCUCUCCACCUGGCACAGGUGAUAUUGGCGCGGCUCAAUCAGCGGCUUCCUUCUCCAAACGGAAAACCUCUCCAGCGUGCUGCUUUCUACUUCAAAGAAGCGAUUCAGUCUCUGAUCUCCGGGUCAACUCGAUUGACUCAGUCAUCUUCCUCUUCUGAAAUUGUACAAACAAUUAAAGCUUACAAGACGUUCAUCACCGUCUCCCCGAUCCCGAUGUUUUCCAGCUUCACCGCCAAUCAAGCUAUCCUGGAGGCGGUUGACGGUGCGAUGAUCAUCCACGUCAUCGAUUUCGAUAUCGGAAUCGGCGGUCAUUGGGCGUCGUUCAUGAAAGAGAUCUCGGAGAAAUCAGAAUCACGGAAGGUUAACUCGCCUGCGUUCAGAAUCACAGCCGUUGUUCCUGAAGAGUACGAAACCGAAUCGAGAUUGAUCAGAGAUAAUCUACGUCAGUUUGCUCGUGAUCUAAAACUACGAUUCGAUAUCGAUUUCAUCUCCGUUAGAACUUUCGAAAGCCUCUCGUUUAAAUCGAUCAAGUUCAUGGACGGAGAGAAGACUGCUGUUCUAUUAACUCCAACGAUCUUCCAACGAAUCGGCACUGGUUUCAUCAACGAUCUCCGACGAUUAUCUCCACAAGUAGUAGUUCACGUAGACGGAGAGGGAUUGACGGGAGACGGAACGUCGUCCUUCCGUCAGUCGGUGAUCGAGGGUUUAGAACUUUAUUCGACGAUAUUAGAAUCAUUGGAAGCAGCAAACGUUGGUAUCGGAGUAGGAGCUGGUGACUGGUUACGGAAGAUUGAGAUAUGCGUGUUGCUCCCGAAGAUAAUAGCAGCGAUGGGGGCGGCAGGCCGCCAUGUGACGCCGUGGAGGGAGGCGUUUGGUAGAGCCGGGCUGCGGCCGGUGGGGCAAAGUCAAUUUGCUGACUUUCAAGCGGAGUGUUUACUGAGGAGGUUACAAGUCAGGGGAUUCCACGUGGCGAAACAACAAGGGGAGAUGAUGCUUUGCUGGCAUGAUAGGCCCCUUGUUGCCACGUCAGCAUGGAAAUGUUAGGCAAUUAAAGGGUAUAUAUAAUUAAUUUUAAACAAUAAAAAAAAUACUAAUGCAACAAAUGAACCAACCAUUGUAACUUUUUUUUUUUUUUUUAACUUUUUAAUUUUUCUUUUUUUAUCUUAUUAAUCAUAAUUCCAAAAAAUAACACUGCUCUUUUUUUAUUAGGGCGUUAUAAAUAAUAUAAUUAAGAGAAUGCAUUAAGGUUAAUUUAUGAGCAUAAGAUGCUCAAGGAGUCGUUUGACUUUUUUUUUUUUUUUUGUCAACUAUCAUAUCUUGUUUGAUAAUAUAUUAGAAUGUACUAUGAAUAAUUUCUCUUUUAUUAAGUACUUGAAAUUGGAUGUUGUGUUAUGAUUUUGUUCUUCUUCCUUUUGCUUAUUCGAUCUAGUUGCCAUGAACAUGAAGUAUUGUCUCUAUCGAAUUUAAAUAUGUGAGGAUUGUUGGAAAA